GCGGCGGCGGCGGCGAUCGAGCUCGCGGCGGGCGGACGGACGGUCGGGGUCGAGUCAGUGCGUUGUUGCGCACAGGAGUUGGGAACGCAGCUUCUCAAAAUGGCAGAUGACCUGGACUUCGAGACGGGAGAUGCGGGGGCUUCGGCCACCUUCCCCAUGCAGUGCUCCGCCCUGCGCAAGAACGGCUUCGUCGUGCUCAAGGGGCGGCCUUGCAAGAUCGUCGAGAUGUCCACCUCCAAGACCGGCAAGCACGGCCACGCCAAGGUGCACCUUGUUGGCAUCGAUAUCUUCACCGGGAAGAAAUACGAAGAUAUCUGCCCUUCCACCCACAACAUGGACGUCCCCAACAUCAAGCGGAAUGACUUUCAGCUGAUCGGCAUCCAGGACGGCUACCUGUCACUGCUCCAGGACAGCGGGGAGGUGCGGGAGGACCUGCGCCUUCCCGAGGGCGACCUGGGCAAGGAGAUCGAGCAGAAGUACGACUGCGGGGAGGAGAUCCUGAUCACGGUGCUCUCGGCCAUGACGGAGGAGGCGGCCGUCGCAAUCAAGGCCAUGGCCAAGUAACUGGCUCCCAGAAACAGGAACCUGAGGAUUCUGAUUCUGGCUAAGUGUCUCGCUCCCCCCGCCCGUCCCCAUCCGUGUCCCCACCCGCCCCUCCCUCCCAUCAUGGGCUGGGGGCUGCGGUCAGGUCCCUCUUCCUUGAGGGUCCUGCCUUUUCCCCCCAAGGGGUCACGUCUGGGCAGCAGGAAGGGGGGCCCCCCAGAGCAGGCCCCACCAGGUUGACUGAGGGGUGUGGGGGCCUGCCUGCCUGCUGGAUCCCCUCCCCACACUGCUCUGCCCCCCCCCCCCCCCAAUCCUUCCCCUCUUGCCCCCCUUUCCUCCCCACCCAACACAUUUGUUAAAUCAACCUCAAUAAAACUACAAGUUUAAUAUGA